AAGUCUGGUGGUGUUCACUGAUGUGGAGGUGACUCGCAGAAUCAACGUGUGCAACAUCACACAGGGCCUGGCCGAGUGCCUCAACGGCAGAUGCUACCGAGUUGACAAGAAGUGCGACGGCAGAAACGACUGUGAGGAUGGAUCCGACGAAGCUGGCUGCCCGCGUUUCAAUGCGACCGAGCUGUCACUGUUCAGAAAGUUCCGGUUCAACCGGAUCCAGCGUCAGUACGACAACGUGUGGCUGUGGAAGGACAUCAACAUAGGGCCACAUGGUCGUUACAUCUUCGAGGUGGAUGUGCCGGAGCACCGGCUCACUGGAUGGUGUCCGCCUUUAGCAUGAGUCCACGGCUCGGCUUCGGAAUGCUGCCCAAGCCCAUUGAGUAUGUCGGAGUGCUCCCAUUCUUCAUCAAUGUGGAGAUGCCCAAAUCAAGUUACCAAGGAGAGCAGGUUGGCAUUCGUGUGUCCGUUUUCAACUACAUGACAACCGACGUUGAAGCACUCGUGUGCUCCGCGGCUCUGAUAGCUAAGUUUGUUCAUGUCGAGUUGAAUGGCAUUGUUCGUUCUUACAACCCGAGAACUUCAUUUGGUGACCACCAGUUCUUCAUUUACAUCAAGGCUCAAGAUGCUGCCGUGUCUAUGUGCCGAUUGUGCCCAUAAGACUGGGAGACAUUCCUGUAACAAUAGUUGCCUCGUGUUUGAUGGAAAAGACUCCGUUACUCGAAAUCUUCAU